AUGUUACAUUCGGGGGUUUUCUGCUGCCGUCGCGGGUUAGCGGCUACUUUUGGUACGUCAGAAGUGGGUCAGAAGUGUAUAAAUCUGUUUUGGGGCCCUGAGGCUAGUGAUACAACAACGCUGGCCCUGCUGAAAAGAUCCUGCCAUGGGAGGUUAGUAAAUGUAGGCUGGCUCUCUGCAGCACUACUAAGCACUGGACAGCGUCGCUUCGGUGCAGAUGCAGAGAGCAGCAGUGGCACCCAAAAGGCUGCUUCCCUGGAGGAUAAGUCAUGCUCCAAGAAGGAAACUGCUUCUUCGGGGAACGGUUUUGCCACCCCACUAGCACUUCCCCCUCCCACAACAUGUUGUAUGAGUGGAUGCCACAAUUGUGUCUGGAUUGCUUAUGCAGAAGAACUUCUGAAAUACUACAAGGAUGGUGGCGAGCAGGCCUUGGCAGCUGUGGAGAAACAUAUAGAAGAUGAAAAUAUUAAAAUGUUCCUGAAGAUGGAAAUUAAGUUCCGUAUGAAGAAAGAUUGAUAUUUUUGACCUGGUGCACAUUUAUUAUAUGGUUUCGGACUAUACAAGACUUUGAAGAGGAAAAGCUAAUUAUUUAUGGUUCCUUCUAUAAGAGAUGAUGUGUUUUAUU